ACUAAAGUAAAUUAUUAAAAAAAAACAAAAAAAUGUACACGAUAACUUUAUUAACAAAAUUACUGGCGCUAUCAACAAUUAUAAGGGAUAGACAGGACCGUCACAAUCUAGUGGCCAAUCAGACACCAUUACCGCCGAAACCAUCAUACGAUUAUAUAGUAGUCGGUGCCGGCAGUGCCGGUGCUAUUGUCUCGUGUCGUCUAUCCCAGUGGGGUUCGGAUGUACUACUACUUGAAGCUGGCGGCGGUACCGAUGCCCUGAUGGACGAUAUACCCGCACUGGUUAACUAUGUCGACGAUAUUGGCAUACAUUGGAACUAUCCGAUGGUUAGGCAAAAAUUUUCGGGACAUUCCUAUCCGGACAGUGGCCAACAAAUUGAACAAAGCGGUCGUAUAUUAGGCGGAACUUCCACUUUCACCGGAAUGAUAUAUAAUAGAGGUAAUCUCAAAUACUACGACAUGAUUGCUGAAAAAUACGGUGCCAUUGGUUGGGAUUACGCGAGUGUUUUGCCAGUAUUUAAGCAAAUUGAAAACAAUACCGACCCCCGGGUUAGCGAUCAGUAUCACGGACGACAGGGACCGGUAGUUGUGUCGACAUUCGAUGAAAUCUAUCCGAUAUUCGAGAAACAGGCUGAGGCUGCCCGCGAAUGGGGUCUGGAGUAUAGCGAUUAUAACGGUCCAAAUCAAACCGGUUUCCGAAUAGUACAGUCGACUAUUGGCCAGGGAUUGAAAUCAUCGACCUAUAACUCAUAUUUGAUGAGCGAUUUGUGUCCUAAAUUGACAAUCGUUACCCGGGCUCAGGUAUCCAAAAUACUUAUUGAACGUACAGUUAACAAUGGUCAGGGCGGCCAUCAUACUCCUCGGGCACAGGGAGUCGAGUUUAUUAAAGAUAAGCGCACACAUAGAGUAUUAGCAAACCUGGAGGUAAUUUUAUCGGCAGGUAAAAUAGCCAGUCCACAGUUGCUAAUGGUAUCGGGUGUAGGACCGGCCGAUCAUCUGAAAUCAAUCGCCGGUAUCUCUGAAAUCUAUUCAGACAUACCAGCCGUUGGCAACAAUUUUCACAAUCAUUUAACUAUAAUAUUGGAGUUCCCGAUAAAUAAACCAGAAAUGGUCAGGCCAGUCGUCCAAUUGGACAAUCUAACACAACUGUACGAGUCGAUUGUACUGGGUACAGGUGCAAUGGCCCAGUACCCGAUUGGUGGUAUGUAUUGGUCAUCAUCAUCAUCAUCAUCAUCAUCGGGUAAUAACAACAAUACCAGUGUAUUGGUGGAGGAGGACAACUAUCCCGACCUGUAUCUUGAAUGUAUGGUCAUGCCCGGUGGCCUAUAUCAUCCGGGUGUCACAUCUACCUGGUCAAUGCUAUUUUAUCCGAUACUUGCCCGACCGUUAAGUACGGGUACUGUCCGCCUGAACAAUAGCUGCCGUAUCGAAGAUCAUCCGCUAAUUGAUCCCAAUUUUUUAUCCGUUGAAAGCGAUCGCCUCAGGUUUCGUCAGGCAGUCGGCGAUAUUUUCCGAUUUGUCGAGACGACCAGUUUCGGCCAAUACGUUAGUAUACCCACUGAACCGAUAGCUCCCUGUCAGUACUGUCCACCAGGUAGUGGUCCAGUCUAUCAAUGUCUUAGCUAUAUUGACUGUCUGAUUGAACAAUGGUCGGGUAGUAUAUGGCAUUCAGUUGGUACUUGUCGAAUGGGUGAUCCCCAGCGCAGGGAUACUGUAGUCGAUCCCCGAUUGCGUGUCAAAGGUGUCCGCGGGUUACGUGUUGUCGACUUAUCCAUCUAUCCGGAGAUAAUGAAUGCCAAUCCCGGAGCUGCGGCAAUGUUGGCCGGAGAGAUGGGCGCCCGAUUCAUAUAUGAAGAU